CGUCAUUUAUUUUUAUUCUACUUCCGGUUUUGAAAAAUGUCGUUCUUCAGAGAUCAUUUGGGUGGAAAUCCCUUUUCUACCCCUGUGGGUCAAUUGAUUGACCAAGCUACAGAUGCUUCCCUUGCCUCUGAGAACUGGGCAUUGAACAUGGAGAUAUGUGACAUCAUCAAUGAAACUGAAGAUGGACCCAAAGAUGGCAUCAAGGCUAUCAGGAAGAAGUUGACAAUGAAUGCUGGAAAAAACUACUCUGUUGUUAUGUAUACAUUAACAGUCCUUGAAACUUGUGUGAAGAACUGCGGCAGAAGAUUUCAUGUACAUGUAGCAAACAAAGACUUUUUACAUGAAUUGAUUAAGAUAAUUGGCCCAAAGAAUGACCCACCACAAGUUGUCCAAGAGAAAAUACUAAGUCUAAUACAGACAUGGGCAGAUGCAUUCCGAGGUUCCCCCGAAUUAAAAGAAGUAGAAAAACAGUACCUUGAUUUGAAACAAAAAGGAAUAGAGUUCCCCAUGACAGAUCUGGACACACUUGCACCCAUACAUACACCUGCAAAGAGUGCCCCAGAUGUAGAGCCCACAGUACCAGCUGCCCACACACCCACCAGAACACCCAGUGCCACAACAAGAGCUAGUGCCUACCAGGCUCCCCCACAAGUUCCACCAGGUCAGGCUCCUUUUGUCGGCCAACCUCCCCAGACAGCCUAUGUGGCUUCAGGCCCAGUACAGUUGAAUGCAGAGCAGAUGGCCAAGCUACGUAGUGAAUUGGACACAGUACAAGGAAAUAUUCGUGUAUUUGGGGAGAUGUUGACAGAAAUGACACCUACAGGAUCUAGCCCAGAAGACCUAGAUCUUCUCCAGGAAUUGAACAGAACAUGCAGACAGAUGCAGCAGAGAGUGGUUGAACUCAUAGAUAAAGUAGCAAAUGAAGAGGUCACAGGUGAAUUGCUUAUCAUCAAUGAUGAUUUAAAUAAUGUCUUUCUGCGCUAUGAUCGAUUUGAACGGUACAGAACAGGCCAAAAUGCACCUUCAAGUGGUGAGGUGACGUCACAGAGUAAUGCCAGUGUAGGCAAUGUGGCUCCUCCAACAUACAGCAGUGCAGUACCAAGUCAGCCAACCUCGCAGCCUGCUGCCACUGAACCAAUUGCCAACCUGAUUGACCUGAGCACCCCUAGUCCUCAACCAACAGCAUCUAACCCAUUCACCACACCCACAGGGGAUAUAAAUGCUAGGCUAGCUAAUAUGAGUGUUGGAGCAGGCAGUGUGAGCAGCACUUUGGACAACAUCAACACAACCAGCACCACAAAUACUGCCCAGGACUCAGACUUUGACAUGUUUGCCCAGUCAAGACAGGCUUUUGACCAAAAUAGACAAAAUUUAAGUGCUGAAAGUAAUAGUCAACAACCCCCUAGCGCUGGUGCAGUUUAUUCAAAUCAACAGCAAGAUGCCUAUGCGGGAAACCUUGCAUCUGUAGUCAAUGCUAAAAAUACUGGAAACCCGUAUGGAAAUAAUCUGGAUGAAGAUGAUAAGCCAGAGUUAUUAGACAAAGAAAGUGAUUAUGCCGAAAUGGAAAAUUGGUUGAAAACUGGGAAAAUGCCAGAUAAAAAUAUUCCAAGUGGGGACAAUAACACCAACACCAGUAUGACUAGUACAGAAUUCGACAAGUUUCUGUCAGACCGUGUGUCAGACACCACAGCAGCAACAUCUAGUGGUGCAGGAAGGAGUAACCAACAAGCACGACAGAUGCAGAAACAGGAAGACACUGACAAUAAAAUGUUUGCACUUUAGUCACCUCAAACAAAAGAUUGCAUGAUGGUUGAGAAAUUCACAUAUUUUGCUCACAUUUCUGUUUUUCAUUUCUAUACAGUUCAGAAUAUGUCUGCCAAUUCAUUUACAAAAUUGUUGCUUCAUUGCUUUGAUGGCCAUGGUAUUGCAAUGUAUAUAAUGAAAAUGCUAUAAUGUUGGUGUAGCAUUGUUAUGGAUAACUAUGUACUGGCAUAUAUGAAGUAGGUGCCUCUAUCCAUCAUGAAGUCUUUUGAUUACAAGCGGAUCUAUGUAAUUGUAUAAAGAGUACAUGUAUGAUGAAUACAAGUGACCCUCAUGAGGGUUUAACCAACAACCUUAUAUAUUCAAGUCAAUAAUUUCUUCUUGUAUCUAGUAUAUAUGUUUGUUUCUGUCCCAACUGGUAAGAGAGAAAUAUGAAAAACGUUCAUGCAAACAGUUAUUUAGUGAAAAAUUGAACAAUUGUGUUUAUACACUGCCAGAUAGACAGCUGCAAUAAAUGGCUGAAAUAAGCAUUGGCUAUGAUUUGACAAUUAUUUUUAAUAGACUAGAUACCAGUAAAGAUCUUGAACUAAUAUUAUUCAUCCAAAGUCCAUUGAAAGUGAUAUCAUAUUUGAAAGCUAUGCAAAAUUACAUCUAUUUCAUCAACAUUUCCCCAUAAAUUAAGAAAAGCAAAAUUUCUUAUUUUUGUAAUGAGCAGAUAAAACCUCUUGACUACCUGGAGUGAUGAGAUUUCUCGUCACCUCAGAAAUUACCUUGAAACCCUAAAUGACGAGAAAAUCUGUCAAAA